AUGCCACCUCUAGAAAUAACCUUCCAAGACGAAAAGAACACGAUCUCUACAACCACUUCCACUUCCUUUGGAUUCCUAAAAGACGUCACGGGCGUUUCGUCACCGGCCUCAGUGUACCAGGUCUCACUUACAGAAGAACUCGUCGGCGGCGGCGGCGGCGGCACCAAAGACGCCAGCAACAACUACGGCUCAACGCCCGAUCACCAUGUCUUCAGCGACCCUGCCAUUGCUGCGUACUGGGCGGAGGUCUACGAGCGCGCCGGGUACGAGAACCGGCACCGAUUUGACCCUUUGUUCCAAUGGGACGCGUCGGAGGAGCGCAAGCUUGUGCGCAAGAUGGACUUUCGCAUCGUGUUUUGGGCUUGGAUCAUGUUUUGCAGCUUGGACUUGCAUCGGAAGAGUAUCAACCGGGCUAUUAGCGAUGAUAUGUUGCCGGAGCUAGGAAUGAACACAAACGACUUCAACUAUGGUCAAACCAUCUUCCUUGCUGCCUUCCUGCUCGCUGAACUUCCCUCUGGCCUCGUAGCCAAGAAGCUCGGCGCUGAUCGCUUCGUUCCCAUGCAAAUCGUGUCUUGGUCCAUCCUGUCGGGCGCGCAAGUCUGGAUCACGAAAAGAGCGCAUUUCUACGUCAUCAAGGCGCUUAUGGGCUUUGCCAUGGGUGGCUUCAUCCCUGAAAUUGUUCUGUGGUUGACGUACUUUUACAAGUCCAACGAAAUGCCUCUCCGCUUGGCUUUCUUCUGGACUGCUUUGUCGACCGUCAACAUUGCCGGUUCUCUCAUGGCCGCUGGGAUUUUGCAGAUGCGGGGAAUCCGAGGCUGGAGUGGCUGGCAGUGGCUGUUCCUGAUCGAGGCCCUGAUGUCUUUCGUCGUCGGCAUCUGCGCAUUCGUCCUGAUGCCCCCGGGUCCUUGCCAGACCAAAUCCUGGUUCCGCGGAAAGGACGGCUGGUUCUCGGAGCGCGAGGAAUUCAUCCUGGUCAACCGCCUGCUGCGCGAUGAUCCCUCCAAGGGCGACAUGAACAACCGCGAGGGUGUCUCGGCCCAGGGACUGCUCAAGGCCCUCAAGGAGUGGGAGAUGUGGCCGCUCUACAUCGUCGGCGUGUGCGCUUACAUCCCUCCCGGUCCGCCCGGCGAGUACCUGAGUCUGAUUCUCCGCACCCACGGCUUCAGCGUCUUUCAAGCCAACCUGCUCACCAUCCCCGCUUACUUCCUCUUCGCGUGCAACUUGGUCAUCCUUUCGUAUUUCUCCAGGCGGUUCAAGGAGCGUGGCUUCAUCGCCUCCCUUUCGCAGUGGUGGAUGCUUUCCUUCUUUGCUGCCAUCGUUGCCCUGCCCGACGCCGGCGUCUGGGUCCGCUAUGCUCUUCUAAUCGGUAUCUUGUCGUACCCGUACUGCCACGCCAUCCUGGUCGCUUGGACUGCUGAGAACAGCAACAGCGUGCAGACGAGAGCGGUUUCGACGGCGCUGUACAUCAUGUUUGUGCAGGAUGGCAAUAUUAUCUACGAUAAUAUCUACCGCGAGGACGACAAGCCGCUGUACAAGAGGGGGAAUAAGGUAUUGCUGGCCAUGGUCUGCUUGAAUAUCGUGCUGUUUUAUCUGACCAAGGCGUUUUAUGUAUGGAGAAAUAAGGUGAAGGAGGAGAAGUGGAAGGCCAUGACGCCGGAGGAGCAGCGGGACUAUGUGUUGACUACCCUGGAUGAGGGGCCGAAGAGGCUGGAUUUUAGAUUUGCACACUGA